GAACUGGAUUUACCAGAAACUGAUCGUGGAAAACCAGUUUCAUGAAGUCACUUGUCUAUUUAUGUUCGUGUUAAUUCAGUCUUAUAAGUGUAAGCCAAGUGGCUUGGUUUAGUUCAGGUGCAACAGCAGAGCCUCGCAGAUACAUUUCAGAAAUGACUAAUUACUAUCUGCAGCCAUGGCUCUUAACGGUUUGUGCCCUUAUCACCAGCGAUCUAGUGGCCACCCAAGAUUUCCUAAUAUUCGCAGCCACCACAGGUUCGCCUCCAAUGAGCACAAGGCCAACAGCUCGGCCGGCUGGCGACUUUGUGCUAGUCAACAAUGAGCCAGUGGUGGGAACUAUGACACCGUUUGUCUCUGCAGCACCGGCUGCGACGCAACAAUUCCUGGACUGCUUUGGUCGUUGCCCCACAACGCCAGAGUAUAAUCCGAUCUGUGCGAGCAACAGGCAAAUGUAUCUCAACGAACAGAAGUUUAACUGCGCUCUGUUCUGCGGUGCCGAUAUACGAAUUGUGCGACGAGGCAGUUGUCAAGGUCUGUUUCCCAUGCAGCGCGGCUGAAAUGUGGCUUACUCAUAGUGUACAUAUAGCUAGUAAUUUAAUGAUACUAUAAGAUAUGAGCUCCGGAUGCAACCGACUGUGCAAUACCCUGCUCCCAAUGGGACACCUGACAGGCAGGAACCUUCAAGCUGUGACUUCGACGGAGAUUGGUUUAGUCAUGCCUUCAAGACGAAAGAGCCGUACAGCAAAAUACUCUGCUUCACUUUGUGAGCAGACUAUAAAAAUCUGUUUUAAGACUUUAAUUAUAUAGCUUUCCUAGGAAUAAAUAAGCAUGUUUGGGAACAACACUUGUGAUAUUGAUAAGCGCAAAUAUUUUGUUUAAACAUUGUACAAAUUUACAAACAGCUGGCCGAAUUGUUUUAAUAAAGUAGUCACCUAUGCGGUACCCUGUGUCCGCAACUAAAGUA